AUGCAGCUCUGGAAACAUGAUUUCAGAGGCAGGACGCUGAUUAUCGCCAUCACUAUGGCGUCCUGCCAGGCGUUCUUGCUGUUGGGUUUUGAUCAAGGCGUCAUGUCAGGGCUCGUCGGUGCGGACAACCGUUUUGGGAGGGACUUCAACAAUCCCGACGCCAACAUGCAGGGGAACAUCACGGCCCUGUACGAUAUUGGCUGUGUGCUCGGAUCCAUUGUAUCUUACUUCAUCGGAGAACGCAUGGGCCGUCGGAUGAUGCUGAUGCUCGGUGGUUUUAUCAUGGUGAUCGGUACAAUCAUUCUCGCCACUUCAGACACCGUCACACAGUUGAUCGUCGGCCGUAUCGUCACGGGGGUUGGCAAUGGCAUGAACUCUUCAACCGCGCCGGUUUAUCAGAGUGAAUGCUCGCCUGCGUCGUAUCGUGGUGCUCUAUUGACCCUGCAGGGCACGGUGACCAUCCUGGGAGUGGUGAUUGCCUACUGGAUGGACUACGGGACAAGCUUCACUGAGUCAUCCUUCCAAUGGCGUUUCCCACUCUCCUUCCAAGCCGUCUUCGCCAUCCUCCUCAUCCUCCAAGUCGUCGGAUUACCCGAGACCCCCCGUUGGCUGGUCCAACACGACCGCCAUGAAGAAGCCCGCGCCGUCGUUGCCGCGAUCGAAGACCGUCCUCUCGACGAUCCUCUCGUAUCCAAGACUAUUCUCGACAUCCAAGUCGGGCUGGAAGAAGAACAGAAGGGCGGGCCCUUUCGCUUCAAAGAGCUCUUCACCUGGGGCGAGGUACAGAACCUCCGCCGGCUGCUGAUCACCAUCACCAUCGAAUUGGGACAACAAUUUACCGGCUCCAAUAUGAUUAAUUAUUAUGGUCCUGUAAUGUUUCAAGAAACCAUGGGGAUGGACCGAAACCUGGCGAUGAUCCUGGGUGGUUGUAUCCAGUGCACAUACCUGGUCGGCUCGGUAAUUCCGGUCUUCCUCAUGGAUCGGUUCGGGCGCCGGACGCUGUUGAUCAUCUGCUCCGCCGGUCUUUGUCUAUGCUUUGUGAUGGUGUCGAUUCUCCUCUCGUUGAACCGAAUGGAUUGUGCGUACGGCGCGACGGCGUUUAUCUUUAUUUUCCAGAUUUUCUACGGCGUGGGCUGGCUCCCGGUGCCGUGGUUCUAUCCGGCCGAGAUUAACACGACGCGCGUGAGAACGAGGAUGCAGGCCAUCGCGUCAGGGUGGAAUUGGAUGGCUGUGUUUGCCGUCGUUAAGAUCACUCCAAUUGCCUUUGACAACAUCAAAUGGAAGACAUUUGUGAUCUUCGCCGUGUUGAACGCGGCAUUCAUCCCCAUGGUAUACUUCUUCUAUCCCGAGACGAAGGUGCUGGAGCUGGAGGAUAUUCCAUUGCUAUUCACCAAGGGUGGCAUUACCGGUGGUGUAUACAGCUCCAAAGGUGGACGCACAGUCACGCCUGGCCAGCAUGCGCAGGAGAGUCGAGUGGAUGAGAAGGUGGAAGGGGUGGCGCAGCAGGUGGAGGAUGUGAGCUAG